AUGUUUAUCUUUAUCUAUUUAUCUCUGUCAAAUGUGGCGCUCAUCCAUUGUUUAGUUAAUAGUGAUAUGACGGAGAGUUCAUUUGGCAAUAACAAUGAGGGCCUUAUUGCUGCUUUUGGAGAUUUCAAUUCAGAUGAACUGACUGAUGCUUUUAUUAUAAACGCUUCAAGCAUAGAAGUAUUUUUAGCUCAUGAUAAAGAACCUUUUCUUCGACCAUCAGUUUAUUCUUGCAGUUUUAAUAAUCUCAAUAUUACUAGUAUUGUACCAGGCGAUUAUGAUGGGGAUGCAUUUAUGGAUAUACUGAUAACUACUCAAAUUCAAAAUGUGAGUUCUAAUAUCCAUGAAGUAAGAAUAUUAUGGGGUGGCAUGCCUGCGUUAAAUUGUUCUGAUGCACUUCUAAUAAAAGCAAUAACUAUUGGUCAACCAUUAGUAUUAGACUACAAUAGAGAUAUGAUUCUGGACCUAUUUGGUAUAAAUGCUCAAAAUAAAAGAGUAUUUUGGGUAUUUGAUAAGACAAGGUCUACUCCUCUGGAAAUAUUGAUGACUGGGGGAAGUUCGAAGGAGAUAAAAUUACCGCACUCGCAUUCCUUUUUAGAUGUAAAUGAUGAUAAUGCUGCAGAUCUUUUAGUGACAACUGCAUUAGAUGUUGAAAUUUGGUUGAAUGAAGAAUCUAAUGGCUUCAGAUAUAAUAAUAGUAUAGAAUUACUGGUUGGACAUCCAACAAUCUAUGGUCAGGCAUUGUUCAUCGAUGUUGCACUUUCUGGAGAAUUUUUCCUAGUGAUACCAGUUUGUUAUGAUUUAGAAUGCAUAAACAGUACCAUAUUGAUAUAUGACAAUGAGCAGUGGCAUGAUUUGCAAAUUGAUUUUAAUGAUGGUAAAGGUUCUCUGUGGAGGUUUGUGCCUCCGAGAGAUGAAGUUUACUUAGAUACGAUUACAAUGCGGAGUGGAGACUACAAUAUGGAUGGGUAUCCCGAUAUUCUUAUGACUCUUAGCCCUGUCAACAACAAAAAUACAAAAGUCUUUCUUCUUCAUAAUGUUGCGUGUAAUUUACCCGGGUGUAAAUUUCAUAGAACAUUUGAAGUUCAGUGGGAAAAAUUUAGUUCCUUUGGAAAUAACGUCGUUAUGGCGACAUUUUAUGAUUUUUAUAUGGAUGGAGUUCUAGAUGUUAUUUAUAUACAGAAAAAUAUUACAAAUUCAACUCAAAAAUAUAUGAUGAAGGCCUUUAAAAAUGAGUUAGAAUAUGAUACAAAUUUCAUUAAAGUAAUUGUUGUUACUGGCCUAAGUAAUAAGAAAAUACCUACUAUUAAUGGUACAUUAUACUCUAGGAAAGUAAAUUUUGGAACUAAUUUACCAGGUCCGAAAAUAGGUUACAACACUUGGUCUCAAGAAGGCACUUACAGAACAGGAGUAUGUGCACAAUUACCACAGUCAGCUUACUUUGCUUUACAGCUACCCUAUUCAAUAUUUGGACUCGACCGAACACCAAAUUUUGUGGAUACACUAACCGUUGGCCUGUCAGGUUAUUCUAAAAGCUGGACUCAGAUAAUUCCAAAUUCUCAAAUAGUAUUAAUUCCAGCUCCACCGAAUGAUCCUUCACAAUGGAGGGCGCAAUUGUUUGUUACUCCUAGUAAGGUUAUUCUCAAGAGUGUUUUUGUAUUAACUGCAAUAAUAGUUAUUAUAAUAGGAUGUGUAUUAUAUCUUCACUGGAAGGAAAGAAAUGAUAGACAAGAUAUUAUAGAAAUUGAUGAAAAGACAUAUGUAAAAAUUUAGACUUAUUAUAGUUAACUAAAAAAUCUGUGAUUUUAUGUUAUGAAUAAUAAUUAUAAUAUUUAAAUAAGAUUAA